AUGGCAGACCUCACUCCCGCCUUCAACGAGCUGCUGGCCAAGCACAGCGCUCCAUCCACCCGCAAAAAGUUCAGCCUAGAGGACAUUGACGGCUUCCUCAAGGAGGCCUACAGAAUCAACUCCCACAUCACGACCCUCCACAAUGAGCUCAAAGACGUCCGCCAAUCGUACCUCUCGACAGCCCAGCCGCGCAAGACACACAUUCGCGCCCCGACGACGACGACGACGACCGCCCCGCAGCAGCAGCAGCAGCAGCAGCAGCAGCAGCAGCAGCAACAGCUACCUCACCGACCGCGACCGCGAGGACCAAGACGGCCGAGCACGCGGCGGCCCGAGGCGCGGGCGCGCGACGAGGGCCAGCACCGCGACGGCGUCGUCUGGUUCCUGCGGCAGCGGCUGCAGCUGUGCGGGCGGACGCAGCAGGCCAUGAUGGAGACGCGGCUGACGCGGGAGAUGGAAAAGAGCAGGAGCGUGCUGGCGAGGGCUGGGCCCGGGGCUGGGCUGACGGGGUUCUACGAGGCGAUGCCGUCGCGCGGGACGAAGGCGGGGGCGCUGCGCGAGGAGGGGCGUGGGUAUGGGCCGGUUGAGGACCUUACGGAGGAGCAGAUUCAGAUGUUCGAAAAGGGGAACCAGGAUAUGCUGCAGCAUUACAACAGCACGCUGGACAAAGUCAGAACGGCGGAAAAGUCGCUGAUUGAGAUUUCGGAGCUUCAGACGCUGCUUGUGGGCAACCUUGCGACGCAGUCGGCCAACAUUGAGCAGCUCGUGGCCGACUCGGAGAACAUGGGCGACAAUGUCGGCGGGGGCAACAAGCAGCUCAAGGAGGCGACGAAACGGCCGAGUGCAGCGCGCUACACGUUCUUCGCGUCGGCGGGGCUGUGCGCGUUCCUCAUUGUCUGGGACCUCAUCAUAUAG